CUCGAAGAUUCAUAAAGGCGUUUUUAAUCAUCUUCUCAAGAUGUUGGAUGGGAUACCAUCGCCAUCUUUCAACAGAAACGUCUUAGCAGUGUUUUUCUAGAAUACUGCUUCAAAUUUGUUUUGACAUUUUUGUAGGGCAUCAAGAGUUGAAAAUAUCAUCAUAAACUCAAUAAAAGUAAGGUUUUCAACCUAAGUAAUCCAAGGUUUCCUGUUCUUUUUUCUAAAUUUUUAUAAUCGGAAAUGGACGUUCAAAGACAUCAGUCAACAAGACAUGGAACCUGCUCAAGGGAUCCUCAGUAAGCAAAGUACCCGACCACACUACACAAGAAAUCAUCAUCCAACCCUGUAUAAACAUAAUCCAAAACAGAAGCAGAGCUAUUCGUGAUUCUAUGGUUGGCGAAUUAACAUGCAUCUUAAGAUUGAAUGAUGUUCUACUCCCUUUGCAGAACAACAUUUAAUUUGAUGCCAACGAUCUGGCAAAAAACAACCUCUCUAAAAAUACACUGCCACUACAUUAUGGUGGGUACCCCCAUGAAUAGAGUUCUUUCAACAAUGAUUGAUACUGAAUUAUAAUCUGGUAUAGAGGUAUAGGUUCCUCAUCUUUGAGCCAGCACUCCUGUAAUACUCCGGACUUACUGCCUCAAAUUUGUUUUGAAGUUGAUGGGAGAUCAGGGUUUGAAAAUUUCAGAAAACUCGAUGAGAGUGAGGUUUUUAUCCUUCUUCUUGAAAUUUUGGAUGGGGUAUCGUUACCAUAUUUUAGCAAGGACUUAACAUGGUAUGUUCUAGAAUACUUCCUGAAAAUAGUUUCGCAAUUGAAAGGGUAGGGUAAAGAAGGUUUAUUAUCUAAUACGUUUGUCCAUUAUCCUAUGUAAUCUACUGAAAACACGUUUAAUGUACUCGUUAAGAAACAAACUUUGGAACCUACUGUAUACUCAGCGCCAUCGGUUUUACCGCUUGCUGUUGUUUAAAUAAAAAUAAAAAAAAGUCAGUGGAAGCACGAGAAAUAAUUAUUAUCAAAUAAUAGAGAAAGUUUCUGCACAUAAUUUUGAAGUUGGUUUCUCUUUCAGCAAAUUUGAACCCAAACUCAAUCUUUGUGUAGUUUUAGAUUAAUUUGAGAAACAAAAUAACCAUAAAAAUUAAACCUUGACACUUUACUUUUGUGUUUUAGGCCAGCUAACCACAUUAGAACAAAUUUUAGAAAUGUUUUAAUCUAAAAACCACAAAAACCAACAAAUUUUCAUGCAUAAUAAUGCACAUAUUCGUCAAAUUCUUUUUGGCUACUUUUUCAAAGUGAUUUUUGUAUACGAGCAGAUUUCAAUUAUGAAAAAAAUUAUGUAAGUACCAGACCUAUUCAAUUUACAUUAUGUUCUAGCAAAUAUAAUGAAAAAACCGAUAUCAUGCUGCUAUCGUCUAUCAAAAAAAAAGAGAUUUCCAAAAAUAGGCUUAAAGAAUUCAGUCGCUCACCUGUAUCGAAUAGCAUUUUUCAGGAAUUAAAUUUAUGCUUGAUUGAUGUAAAACAACAGGAAUUAUAGGCGCACUUAGCUGCAAACCAAAACUCUAUUUGGAAUUAUUUAAAAACAAAACAAAUAUGUGUGUUUGGCAGUACCAAUUAAAAUGUAACUAUUAUUUCUCCACACUAUAAAAUUCCUAAAAUUGAUUACUGAUGAAUGAUUAAUACAUUAGUAAUUACCUGUUCGAAGCACUUUAAACGAAAUUUUGCUUUUAGUAUGUCUGGUUUUUGCGUUUUGUUAGCACACUGGCGAUAAUAAUAAUCCAAUGGCAACAAUAGAUAAGAAAUCUCCUUGAUAAUGAUAAAGAAGGCAAACACUCCCAACCCAUAACAGUAUUUAAUUGAUUAUAAGAAUAUUUUUAAAUUGUCUGUGAAUCGUUUUGCUAGAAACGCGAGUGUUUAGUGAAUUAGUCAUGAUGAUGGUGAAUCAAAAAGAUGCUUCUCCGAGAAUUCCGCGUUUAGGAGCUAUUGAAAAUAGUUCUUUAGCUCAGAGGAGAGCUUCCAAGGGUUCUAAGGAUGAUUUAAGUUAUUAUAGAUAUGAGGAAUAUGAUAAUGUGCCUUUGACUCCAAAACCUAUUAAUGAGCAGAGUUUGAAAGUGUCAUGGGUAACCAACAUUGCCAACAUGUCCAGAGACAACAUGCUCUGCUCGAAAUGUGGAGAAGGCUUCGAAGCGCAAGAGAAGAUAGUCAAUUCUACAGGGCAGUUAUGGCAUCAACAAUGUUUUGUGUGUGCCCAGUGUUUCCGCGAAUUCGCAGAUGGCGUUUUCUACGAGUAUGAUGGAAGAAAGUAUUGUGAACAUGAUUUCCAUGUGCUUUUUGCUCCUUGUUGCCAACGUUGUGGCACAUUCAUUAUUGGGAGAGUCAUCAAAGCCAUGAACUCGUCCUGGCACGCUGAAUGCUUCCGAUGCGAAAUGUGCCAGCUGGAACUGGCCGACACUGGUUUUAUUAAAAACGGAGGCAGAGCUUUGUGCCAUGAGUGCAAUGCCAAAGUUAAAGCUAUAGGACUCGGAAAAUAUGUUUGCCACAAAUGCCAUUCUAUGAUUGAUGAUCAACCCCUUAAAUUCCGCGGCGAAGUUUAUCAUCCCUACCAUUUCAAUUGUACAGCUUGCGGGGUCGAGCUGGACGCCAACGCUAGGGAAGUUCGUAAUCGUCCAGGAUUGGCUAAAAAUGACACUAACGAGUUGUACUGUUUGAGGUGUCAUGACAAAAUGGGAGUUCCGAUUUGUGGUGCUUGUAGAAGGCCUAUUGAGGAACGUGUGGUUACUGCUUUAGGCAAACAUUGGCAUGUAGAGCAUUUUGUCUGCGCCAAAUGUGAGAAACCCUUCUUCGGCCAUCGUCAUUACGAGAAAAAAGGUUUGGCCUACUGCGAAACUCAUUAUCAUCAACUUUUUGGCAAUCUGUGCCAUCAUUGCAAUCAAGUUAUAGCAGGCGAUGUAUUUACUGCGUUGAACAAGGCCUGGUGCGUCCACCAUUUCGCUUGUUCAGUUUGCGAUCAGAAGAUGAAUCAAAAAACCAAGUUUUACGAGUGCGAUCUGAAACCGGUUUGCAAAAAGUGCUACGAGAGGUUCCCUAAGGAGUUGAGGAACCGUUUGAGAAGGCAACAUGAGGCUACGCCUAGGAGAGCACCCACACCGAGUGACUAAAUAAUUAACAUUAUGAGUAAAACUGGAAUUCUUUGAUUUAUUAAAAACACUAGUCGCGUUUGUUUUGGAAAUAUUUAACGUUUACUAAUUUUUCUUCUAAAAGAAAAGCUUAAUUAGAUUGUAAGUUGAUGUUAGAGUUUGCGCCUUAAUUAAGAGCCUAAGUUCUGAAAUCAAUGUGCCUCUAGGUAGAAUGUUGUAAAAACUAAAAAUUACAACAUAUUUUUCUACAUUUUAAAAUAGACUAAAGCUUUACUAAUUAAUAUUGACAGGUAUGUAUUUAUUUCUAUUAAUUAUUUAUAUAACUUUGUUUUUUUCACAUACAAAUUUCUGGGUGAAUGUUUUAUUUCUGGUGCUUUAAUCAUUAAUAUAAUAAUAGUAUGUGUUAAUGUGCCUUACAUAGAAUUAAAAAUAAUAAUUUAAUGAUAGAUUUAAAACAAAAAUUAACGUGUAUUUGAUUGUAUCAUUUAUAAUGUGAAAGUCCCUUGAAAUGAAGCUUAAAGUCGAAAGUUUAUUUAAUAAGUGCAGCCAGAGAGAAUAGAGAGUUAUUGGAACUAAUAAAUACUGCCUUGCAGUAUUAAGGAUCUACAUUAUUUUAUCAGUGCAUCAGCACUAUUUUUCCAAGAAAAAAAUAGUUAUUGGAAGACUGUAGUAUAAUUUUGACAGCUGAUUGCUAUGUUUAUAAAUUUCAACCUCAAAAAGUGUUUAUUUUUGUUUGUGAUUUUCUGCUGAUACCCAUUUUUCGAUGCUACCCACAGUAAAAUGGAAAACCACUGUAAAAAAUAAUUUUUAUGUCAUACCAAUACACAGUGGCGGAUCUAACAUGAAGCAAAGGACGCACUCUGCGUCGGGUCCCCAGAGCUGAGGGGCCCCACACAACAACAAAUAAUAAUAAUAAUAAUAAAUUCAUGAACAUGAAAUUCAAUUCAUGAAUAAAAAAAAAUAUGAAAUUAAAUUUUGAAAGUUACGGCAACGUUGUAUACCUUUGGGAAGCCUGUUGUGCGUGGGACGCAUAUUUUACUUUUUUGAUAUUUUUGUAUGUGGAGACUACAUCACAUGUUGUAUUUCUUUUGGUUUAAAUAAAAAUUCCUAAAUUUUUGCAAAUAAUUUUUUUUUUUCAGUUAAAUGAAAAAAAAAAAUUAUUUGCUUUCAUUGUUUUCAUAUGUUUCAUCUAUGUUUUUAAAAUUUGUCAAAUUUAAUUUUGCCGGCGGCGUCUGAGAGGCGGAGAGCAGAAAAAUGGUGGACACACAUGGUGAUUGGCGGGUUGUAUCGUGGACCUCGUCAAGCUUGUUUUUAUGAAGGUGGCGAUAAUGGGUUUCAAUCAUUUGCAGCCAAUCCAAUGACAUUUCCGGUUUAUUGAUGUGCCUACUGUCAAGGGUUGGAGUUGACGCACCUGUCAAUUUUUUUCCGCAUUCUUUUCUUCGGUAAAUUUUUUUUCACAAAUCACAUAACGUUACUUUCGACAGGGGGAAAAACAUGUCAUUGCGACGGCCGUUUCCACCAACCACAUAUUUUUGGGGAGCCUAAUUAUUUAUAAGUAUUUCUUAAAAUGACAGUUUUCCAUGGAGAAAUGUCAGUUUGAGGAAUACUUAUCGUAAAUGGCUUCCCUGAAAUAGUUGCUGGAAACGACCAUGAAACAAACAAACGCAUUGUUUGACCUCCCCUCGAAAGUGAGGUUAUGUGUGUGACGUCAGCUAAUGCCUCCAACACCACAAGAAAAAUACUUAAAAAAAGUAUGACAGGGUCCCAAUUUUUUUUUUGCAUCGGGCCCCGAAGGUCCUAGGUCCGCCACUGCCAAUACAUUAUUGUAUUUUUAUAUCUUAGAUACCAUCUACAUAAUUUAUUACUUUAUGCCCGUGCGGGCAUAAAGUACACAUUAUGGCCCGCGCGGGCAUAAAGACGCAAAAAACAGUUUUCAAUUAACUUAUUUUUUAUUAACGAAAUAUAAAUUUACGCUUAUAAACAUAUUAUUUUUGUCAAAAAAUUAUGAUGUUUGCACACUGAUGACAAUUUGCGAAGUGACACUUUUUUCCCAGGUAUUUAUUAUUCACAACCAACUGGUAUGACAUAAAAGUUUGUAUGCACCACGGGUACUAAUAGAUAUUAUAUACCCUCGGGCGACUUACGAACCCUCGGGCCAGAGGCCCUCGGCUUUGUAAGACUGUCGCCCUCAGGGCAUAAUCAUCUACUUAGUACCCUUGAUACAUAAAUAACUAUUUUAAGUAAAAUUACGUCAUCGUCGAAAAGCGAAACGUCAAAGUCGUCCAAAAUGUCAGAAAUUUAAGAUAAGGGUUUUUUUUUGGACCCAAUUGCGCAUGCGUAGAUGUUAAAAUAAGACUAAUUUAAAUACUGCUUGUCCUUAUUGCACGUCCAAUACAAUAACUCUCUAUUACCUAAGUACCUGGCGUUUUCCAAUUAAUAAUCGUAAAAAAAAGAAUCGGCGAUUAGGUCAAAACUUGAUAAUCGCAACAGUAAUCGUUCUGUCACUAUUAUAAGAAUAAGUACUAAUAGUGUUAACAUAUUAAUUUUAAUAAUAAUAUGUUUUAUAUUGAAGAAGUAACUUAGUUCUGUAUACCUUGUGACUUAAUUUGCUAAUAUUUUGUGUAAAAUAAUUUAUUAAAAUGUUAAUUUGUCUUUGUAUUGAUGAUAUUAAUCAGUGUUAUUAUAUUAUGAAGAUGUAAACUCAUUUAUAUUAAACCCUAAGAAAUAUAACUAAUUUUUUUUGUGCUUUAUUUUUCCAUAUGUUACAAUAUCACCUUUGUAGAGCAGAAAGGGGCCAAGCGGCAAUUGAACCAUUUUUGAGAUAACCACCAUAACAUCUUCAUACCCCAACUCACAUUGUCUGAAAACGUGACAAGUGGCAAGUACAGGGUGUCCCGGGACAUGCACCAAACUCGUCUCGUAUUAUUGGAGAGGUUGGAGAUUUUGUUGAGCGACAUUUCGGUCAAUUCCAUGUUGAUUUUGACUGACGAUCUCAACGUGAAUUUCUUGGACAAGUGCAAUCGAUCUAAUCAGUUACUGUGUAAUUUGUUGAACUCGUUCAACUUAAAGAUGCACGUGGAUCGGCCAACCCGCUUUUCCGCAUUCUCUACCUCAAUACUUGACUACUUCUGCAUCAAUUUCAAUCAGAUUAAAAUUCAGAGUGUAACGAUCAAUGCCGGUUUGCCUGACCACGAGGCAGUAAUGAGACUUGUGCCCUUUGGCGAUUAAGCACCCAUCGGAAUGGAAUUACGUUCUGGCUACUGUGAGCCCGUGUUGCUGAGUAAUUUUUACAUUGCCUUCCCUAUUGUCAGUAUAAAGAAGCGGAAGAGAAAAUCCUGGUUUACAAAGGGCCUUCGAACUUCUGGGAAAAAGAUGCACUCCCUUCAUUACGUCAGAAAGUUCUCUAUGAACAAUCCAAUAUUUUUGAACUAUUUUGAUAGGUACCGAAGGGUUUACAGAAGAUCGAUCAGGCUUGCAAAGUGGAAUUACUUUCAGAAUAGGAUAAAUUAUUCUUCUAAUAGAUCAUCGUAUUGUCACAAUAAGCUAAACGUCCGCCAGGCUGUCAAGAAUCUCUCGGUAUUAUUUCUUGAGUAUACUAGAAUCUAGUGAAUUAUUCUACUUAAUUCGGGAAAAUAAGAUUAUCGUGUGUAUUCUAGAUUUUACAGGAAUAGAUUUAGGGAUAUAUAAAGGCGGCUAUUGCUUUGUAGUUUUAAGUUAAAGUUUGACUGUGAUACGAGUUAAAUAGUGAUUAUUCAGUUGUAAAGUUUAAUUGUUAAGUUAGUUAUUAAAGUAAUUAGUGUCAGAGUGUUUUGUUAAGUAGAAUAAAUUAUUGCUGUGUUAAUUGGACUUUGAUUUUUUGGAAUAAACGAAACGAACCACGAACCCAAGAAUUUUGUCAGCAGGCAACCCAAAGCUGCGACAGUAUAUUCUAGCACAUGCAGCCCUUAAGGCCCAUUUAUAAACUUGACGUUGCAAUUCCGUUACCGUUUGCGCCUGCCGUUGUGAACAUAAAAAUAUAGGAUUCCAUAAGAUCGCUUAUAUUCGCUGUCGGCGGUGGAGGAUUGACAGUUUGGGUCGGUAUCUAACACAUCGGAAGAACAGAACUCGUCGUAUCCUAGUAUUUCGGGGCAACGUUAACGGCCAAGUGUCCCUGGAUAAAUGUCAGAUUCCGCAAGUUCUCCGGCAUGCUCGAAAUUAUGGCGGGGAUUUUGUUCUUGUAGACGAUAAUGCUCAGCUUCAUCGAGCAUUAUUAGUGAACCGGUAUCUGCGAGGACAAAAGUUCAAUCGUACCGAAUUGCCUGCUAGAUCCUCAGACAUGAAUCCAAUUGAGCACGUCUGGAGCUGAAUAAAGUUAGAACUUUCCCGGGAAGAACGUCAGCCAGAAGCUCUAGACCAGUGGUUCCCAAACUGGGGGGCGCGCCCCCCUGGGGGGGCGUGAAGCAACAUUAAGGGGGGC